AUGGCGAAAACACUCGAAGACACGGUUACCAGUGCCCCGCUCCGGAGGCGUAGCACAGGACAGCUGGUGAAAGAUCUUUUUAUCUUGUCCCGUUUUGACCGGUAUAAUCCACUACUGGCGACUUUCUCCGGAGGUGCGGGUAAGAUUGCGACAAACCCGGCGUCGAUUACACCCUCCUACGUUUUCCAGCAAGCGCUCCUCGUGUUCAUCAGCGGCUAUAUCUUCUGCGGCGCGGGAAUGGUCUGGAACGAUUGGAUUGAUCUGAAAAUUGACCAACAAGUGGCCCGCACAAAGCAGCGUCCCCUGGCGGCUGGACGAGUCACGACAACGGAAGCACUGAUCUGGAUGAUGGCCCAGUAUAUUGCUGCGUGGUACUUGGUGGCAUACUCACUCAGCAACCAGCAUGUUCUCGAAGCCAUGAUUCCAGUCACGAUUAGUACUACCCUGUAUCCAUUUGGCAAACGAUCUUUCUUCCGGUCCAUUUACUUCUACCCGCAGUACUUCCUCGGCUUCACGCUGGGAUGGCCAAGUGUGAUUGGCUGGCUGGCAAUCAAAGGUCAGGAUCAGUCCUUGCAAGACAACAUUGCCGAGUCAUUUGCACUGGGAGUUACGGUCUUCACCUGGGUCCUUUAUCUCAACACUGCAUAUAGCUACCAGGAUAUCGAGGGCGACAAGAAGGCGAAUGUGAACUCAGUCUACUUUUUAGCAGGCUCUUACAUUCAUUAUUUCUUGGUCUUCCUCGCUGGGCUGGUGCUAGGGGCUACCUUCCUUCAGCUGAAGGCACAGGGCUCCCAUUGGCUAUGGGGGUCUUGGUUGUCGGUCUGGGGUUACUCUUUGGCCGGCCAACUGUCACGAUUCAACGCCAAGGAUCCUUCCAGUGGCGGGUCUCUGCACAAGGAGAAUUUUGCUCUGGGAAUUUGGACUGUUUUUGCCUGUGCGAUGGAGCUCGUUUUGAAGUUCUGA